CUCAGGUAACUACCAGGUGGACAGGAUUAGAACCCAUAAUGACCCCAGACCCGCCAACAGUCCUCUCCCUCAAACAAUCCUUUCUCACAGCCCAGACGCGCCUCCUCUCACAACCUGUCACCCCGACCCGCGCCUGGCACUCCAACAACAACAACAACAAUGAGAAUGUCCUCCCAGAGAAAGCCAUUGACGACGCCCUCUUCAAACUGAACCACCGCCUGCAGCAACACUCUCGACGUGUCUACGCACCACAGGCUACGCGUCAUGUGGCAGAGCAGAUCGACCGGCUCUAUUGGAAUGCAGCAGAGGCAGCGACCAGUGCCGGACGGGGCCAUGGAGAGGGGGACGAGGAAGAUGAUGAUGAGACAGCCGAGGCCCUGAACCUAGGUGCCGAUCUGGCCGACCCGUCCGUAAUCGCCACCCUCCCACUGCAAUGGAACCCCUCCUCAUCGUCUUCUAACCCCCUCGAAGCAAAGCGCUACGCCGAGCUCGCCGCCAAGCUGCACGCCCUCGCCGAGCGGAAACAGCACGCCUCUGCGCGCGUGGCGCGGCUGCGGCGGAUGCAAGCGCUUCUCGAGCCGUUUUCUCCAUCUACUUCUUUACCUUCUUCUUCUUCUGCUGCUGCUGCUGCUCCUGCAACAACCGCUGAUGAUGAUGGAGGGGGCUUGGACGGCGUGCAAGAGAACUUGGUCACGCGCAACGGCGCCGUCGAGGCCGAGCUGCAUCGGAUGAGGAUGCUGCUUGCCCGAGUGGGGGCAAGGGUCGGGAAGCUCAAGGAGCAGGGCAGCGGACGGGGGAUUGGGGGUGAUGGCGGCGAGUCUGACGGCGCGGGCCGUUUGGUUUUGGAACGGCAAGGGGGUGAAGUGGAAGAUGUGGAGAUGGAUGAGCAGCGAAAGCUUGGACUGCUGUUGGAGAUGUUUUGAGGACGUUUCUUGGUUUUGUCCCUGGAAGUUGGGGGGAACGUGUCAUGUUCAACUUUUGUUGUGGAUUACAGGUCACCGGUGAAGGCGUUAAACCGGUGAAGGGAGGCCUCGUGGAUUGGUUCUGUCAACUGUGGUUGGAGUCUGGUUUGCGGUGAUACCCGGUAACACAAUUCUUCAAAAUGGAGGGAAGGGGGAACAUGUUCUGUUCGAACAUCUCUCAUGUCUAUGGUCGGUUUAAAAUAUUAUUAUUCCUACACCGCUGUGCCCUAGGGCGUGCCGGACCUUCAACAACUUACUAUACAGGAAAACCGCGCGCUCGUGGGCCGGGUGAAAAACCCAUAUCGACAAUCAAGGAAAC